UUUUCUCCAGCAAUGAAUUCCUCAUUUCACCUGCAUUUCUUGGAUCUCAACCUGAAUGCUACAGAGGGCAACCUUUCAGACCCAAGUGCCAAAAACAAGUCUUCGCCAUGUGAAUAUACGGCCAUGGCUGUGGAGGUCUUUUUGACUCUGGGUCUUAUCAGCCUCUUGGAGAACAUCUUGGUCAUAGGUGCCAUUGUGAAGAAUAGGAACUUGCACUGUCCCAUGUACUUCUUCCUGUGUAGCCUUGCAGUGGCUGACCUGCUGGUGAGCAUGUCCAACGCCUGGGAGACCAUCACCAUCUACUUAAUAAACAACCAGCACCUGGUGAUAGCGGAGGCCUUUGUGCGUCACAUGGACAACGUGUUCGACUCCAUGAUCUGCAUCUCCGUGGUGGCUUCCAUGUGCAGUCUGCUGGCCAUUGCGGUGGACAGGUACGUCACCAUCUUUUAUGCCCUGCGCUACCACCACAUCAUGACGGCCAAGAGGUCCGGGGUGAUAAUCGCGGGCAUCUGGACCUUCUGCACGGGCUGCGGCACCAUCUUCAUCAUUUACUACGACUCCACUUACGUCGUCAUCUGCCUCAUCUCCCUGUUCUUCACCAUGCUGUUCCUCAUGGUGUCUCUGUACAUCCACAUGUUCCUGCUGGCCCGGACGCACGUCAAGCAGAUGGCAGCUCUGCCUGGACACAGUUCUGAGCGGCAGAGGACCAGCAUGACGGGGGCUGUCACCCUGGCCAUGCUGCUGGGCGUGUUCAUCGUGUGCUGGGCCCCGUUCUUCCUCCACCUCAUCCUCAUGAUUUCGUGCCCUCAGAACCUCUACUGCUCUUGUUUUAUGUCUCACUUCAACAUGUACCUUAUCCUCAUCAUGUGUAAUUCUGUGAUGGACCCCCUGAUAUACGCCUUCCGCAGCCAAGAGAUGCGGAAGACAUUUAAGGAGAUUAUCUGUUGCCGUGGCCUCCGGUCAGCCUGCGGGCUCUCGGGCAGGUAAUCACACAGCCUGCUCCUCUUCCUGCCCUUUCCUCCUUCGCUGAUGUCCCUGUGACAAGUCAUACAGCCGCAGCUAGUCGGCAAGGUCACUAGCAAUGGGAAGCCUCCUUCCCUUUUCCUCUCCCCCAGCUCAGACUUGGGCCCCAGAUCUGCGUGCAGCUCCUGGAGCCGGUUGUGUCAAACUCACUGAUGUUGCUAAUCCAUUCAGGGAGUGGCUUGUGACAAUUCCUUACUGUCCUUUUCUCAUCCUACUGUUUCUUCUGCUCCCACCCAUUUCUGGGGGUCC